UCUCCGGCAUCAAUUAAUAGUAACCGCUCCCCCCGCAAUACCUGCCAUCUCUCCUCCUCCACCACCACCAUCGAUCUACUCUCCCUUACUUUCUCUCUCUCUCUCUGCUCGACUAGAUCGAUCUUCCUCUUCUUGGCUGGUCGAUUUUCUUCGUCGUCCUCUGUGACGAAGGUGCUGUCGUCGUCGAUCGAUUGGUUGAUUUAUUGAUCGAUCGAGUGUUCCAACAACUGGUCAAUAGCUGGGAUCCUAGGUCGUCUGCUCAGUUGCAUCACCAUCGCCUUCAAUUCCACUCGUUUUCAAGCUCCCAUCGUUGAUCGGAUCAAAGGGGUUGGGAUUUACCCUAAUCUAACCUAACCUAACCUAACCUCGCGACCGGAUUCCCCUCACCACUUGACAUUGGUCCACCCGACCGGAUUCCUUGUCGAUCGCAACAAGGAUUUUUUCUUUGCACCUCUCGUAUCCUACAUACGUAGCGCGCGCGCGAGUCCGUGCGGGCUCGGUAGCGGUUCGCACGAUACCACGUCCAGAUAAUUGGCAGUUGCGAUUCAUAGCGCGCGCGCGGCCGAUCGGGGCUGCAUGGGGGCCAACGGCCGCGGUGAGCACCACUCGCCCUCGUCGGCCAAGACGUCCCCUCGCGGCGCUGCUGGAGGUGGAGGUGGCGAGCAAUACUCCUCAGCGGCCAAGUCUCCGCGCGCCGGAGGUGGUGGCGGAGGCGAGCACUACUCGUCGUCGAGCAAGUCCCCGCGCGCCGGCAUCUGCGGCGGCGUGUCGUCCCUGCUGCCGAGCGGCGCCGUGGCGUCGCUGCUCGAGAGCAGGUGGGCAAUCUCGGCCGCGCUCACCGUGUUCCUGUUCCUUGCGGUCACGCUCACCGUAACGUCGUCGUCGUCGUCGUCGCUGUCUCCCGUCUCGGCCUCCUUCUUCUCCUUCCUCCCGGCCGGCCGGGCCGACUACGUCGAGCCGAAAGUCCAGCAGCAGCAGCAGCAGCCGCAGGCCCCGGCGACCCCGCCGCCGCCUCCGCUCGGCGCCGGCGUGCCGCGUCUGGCCUACCUCAUCUCCGGGUCCAAGGGCGACCUGGACCGGCUGUGGCGCGCGCUGCACGCGCUCUACCACCCGCGCAACCUCUACGUGGUGCACCUGGACCGCGAGGCGCCCGUGGGCGAGCGGCUGGAGCUGGCGGCGCGGGUGGCCAACAGCACCGUGUUCCGCCGCGUCGGCAACGUGGAGGUGAUCCGGCGCGCCAACAUGGUGACCUACCGCGGGCCGACCAUGGUGGCCAACACCCUGCACGCCUGCGCUGUGCUCCUCCGCCGCAGCCGCGACUGGGACUGGUUCAUCAACCUCUCCGCCUCCGACUACCCGCUCAUGUCCCAGGACGAUGUUCUGCACGUAUUCUCGACGCUGCCGCGCAACGUCAACUUCAUCGAGCACACCAGCCGCCUCGGCUGGAAGGAGGGGCAGCGAGCGCAGCCGCUGAUCGUGGACCCAGGGCUGUACGCGUCGCAGAAGCAGGACAUCUUCUACGCGGCGACCCGGCGGGAGCUGCCGACGGCGUUCAGGCUGUACACGGGGUCGGCGUGGGUGGCGCUGACGCGGGACUUCGCCGAGUACGUGGUGUGGGGGUGGGACAACCUGCCGCGCACCCUCCUCAUGUACUACGCCAACUUCGUGUCCUCGCCGGAGGGCUACUUCCAGACGGUGCUCUGCAACGCGCCCCGGUUCGUGCCCACCGUGGCCAACCACGACCUCCACCACAUCCAGUGGGACGUGCCGCCGCGGCAGCACCCGCACGCGCUCACGCUCGGGGACAUGGACCGCAUGGUGCGCAGCGACGCGCCCUUCGCCCGCAAGUUCGCGCGCGACGACCCCGUGCUCGACGCCAUCGACGCGCAGCUGCUGGGCGGGCGCGGCGGCGGCAACGGCACGGCGGCGGCGGGGAUGUUCGUGCGGGGAGGCUGGUGCGGCGAGCAAGGGGACUGCGUCGGCGCCGCGGGCGCCGACGACUGGGUGCUCAGGCCGGGGCCGGGGGCUGAGAGGCUGCGCAGGCUCAUGGACCGGAUCGUCAGGUCGGAGGCGUUCGCGAACCGCCAGUGCAAGUAGCUCAGCUCGGCCGGAGAUGGUCGGCCAUGCGUGCAAGCCAGGUUAGCGUCACGCACGCACGCACUGUGUGGUGUGGUGUGAUGUUGAUGUGCUCGUUUCCUUUCACGCUUGUACAAAAUCAUGCAUCGGGGCGUACAUACCAUAUGACAUAUACAUACAUACACACAGCGAGAAAUAUAGAGAACUUCGUGAUA